AUGCUUAGCGAAAUCCGCGACGAGGUGUACGUCCGGUUUUCGACCAAGUUGGGUGAUACGCAGAAGGGCUUCAAUCCGCGAUAUCGCUACACCUUUCAUAGCGAGCGAGGGCACUGUACGGAGGACUGUUUGCCCCUGAAACAACACUUGGAGGAGUUGGUUGCCGCUGGUCACUUGGACUGUUACAUCGACGGGGGCGUUAAGGCCGCGCACCAUGCUCCGGCUGAGCCAAGUGGUUUGGCCGUCCUAGAAGCACCCCCCCAAGGAGUGGUCAAUGUGAUCUAUGGUAUCGUCGAGCCAGUGCGGGUCUGCGAGCUCCGAGGGAUGAUCAAAAAAGCGGAACAUAUGAGGGAAGUCCUGUCAGUCCAGCCCGCGGUCAAAAGAGGCAAGACCAAGCAGAAAAAUGUACUCAGCUUCUCAAUGCUGCACAAUGACGCUCUAGUGGUCAACCUUCGCGUCAAGGACUUUGAUAUUAAGCGCAUUUUGAUCGACCAAGGUAGCUCAGUUGAGGUCAUGUACUACGACGCCUUCAAACAGCUCAAACUCAGAGAUAUAGAUUUGGCUCCGACAACUUCACCACUGGUUGGUUUUAACUCAUAA